AUGGGGUUGUCAAAAGAGAUCUGGAUAGGAUGUGACAACAUCAUGGGAGAAAAUAAUGGGAUGAAGGGAGAGGCUCCUCAGAUGAAUGGAUCAGUAGAUGUUGUUCCAACAAUUGGGGGAGGAGUGGACUCUCCAAAACCAAGCCUGCGUGAGACAGUGGCUACUUCUAACAUCUUGGUGGAAAAAGCUAUGGAUACAAAGAUUUCAGAGGAACCAGCACAAACAGUUGACUCUCAGGAAGUUGAGACAGAGCAACCAACAGAGACUGAAAAACUUGUUGAAGAUAAAGGUACUUGCACAGGGCUAUUAGAGACAGAGAUACUGACAGUUGAACUUUCAAAGAAACAAACUGAGGCAGAGUUACACAUAGAAAGAGAGAAACCGGGCAUGUCAAUGGAGCAGGAAGCAGAAAUAGCCCUAGAUCAUGCACUUUUCUCUUCGAUAGAAGGAGAAAAUAUUGUGAUGACUAAUAAUGCAGCAUUGUCAGGCUCAGGGGCUCCUCAAGUCAUUCCGAAGGCUGGAGAAAAGAUAAGAAUAGAGUAUGAAAAGAAAGUUACACAGCUCAGACUUCACGAUGACAAAGGGGAGGAUCCUCAUCUGGUUGAUGCUACAAGGACUGCAAUAAAAAGCUUACAAACAAGAAUUAAGGUUGCAAUGCAAGUAGUUGAUUCAAUUUCCAGGAGAAUACAUAUGUUGAGGGAUGAAGAGUUGCAGCCACAAGUUGUAGAGUUAAUACAAGGGUUCAUGAGAAUGUGGAAGGUAAUGCUCGAAUGUCAUCAAAGACAAAAUAAGAUUAUUGCAGUAGCUAAAUCUCUAGGUCAUGUUGCUGCUAGUAAUGUAUCCGAUGAAAUGCAUCUAAAGGAAACUAUACACCUAGAAUUUGAACUUCAAAAUUGGCAUGCAUGUUUCAGCAAUUGGGUUAAAGCCCAGAGGGCUUAUGUUCAAGCUUUGAAUGGGUGGCUUUUGAAGUGCCUUCAUCAAGAGCCCGAGUUAACUUCUGAUGGACUUGCACCAUUCUCCCCUCGCAGGGUUGGUGCUCCCCCUGUGUUUGUCAUUUGCAAUGAUUGGUCUCAAGCAUUUAAUAAUAUACCAGAAAGUGAAGUUGUUAAAGCCAUAGAAAAAUUUGCAGUGGCUGUGAAACAAGUGUGGGAACAUCAGGAUGAGGAGCAGCGUCUGAAGAGUAAAGCUGAGUUUCUUGAAAAGGAUUUAGCUGGAAGGGCUCAUUUAGUGGAAAAAAUGGAAAGCAGAUUGCAUGAACCUCAAUCUUCGUCCGAUAAAAAACUUGAAUCAGAUAUAGGACAAGCUAGUGCUGGUUUGACUGAACAAAAAAAUUCUAUAGAUUCUUUUAGGAAACAGGUGGUGAGCUGA